AUGGCCGAUCAUCAUGUGGAUGAGCCGCCCAAUAAGCGGCCCAAAAUGAUUCGGGACCCUUUUCAGGGUCCAUCAGACACAGCAGCAGAUGGGUUUUCUAACCUGGAUAUGUUUGACCUUGAAAAAGAUCUUCCUGAUGAACUUAUGGGUGGUUCUUGGGGUGAACAACCAGGUGUAACAGGUCCAAAACCCCCCCGCCCAAGGCCCGGGGCCUGGGGGACAAAUGGGCCCACAACAGCUAAAUGGGGAUGA